CCUGGGCCGGGCUCACUCAGGCUGGAGCGUUGCCCGGUGGCCCCGGGAUCCUGAGCAUAGAAGAAGACGGUCCACUAGGAUCCCAGAUCACGGGGCUGACUUCCCGGACCUCGGGUCACUCUUCGACUCCCUCCAGCGCGGGGUAGGGAUUGGAUCUUCCCCGCCAACUCAGAACAGGCCGCCCGGACAGGUAUUUACUCAAGAGAAUGCAACCUGUGCCUACAUAGACCUUCAUACAUGAACAAUCAUAGCAGCUUCAUUCAUAAAAGCUCCAAAUGGGGAGCAGCUCAAGUGCCCAUCAAGAGGAGGACGCCAGCGGCAGGACAUGGGAGCGCGGCCCUCGCGACGGCAGAUGACUGAAGCUCGGCGCCUGGCUCUGACCAAGCUGCCCCCUGAGCUGCUGGUGCAGGUGCUGAGCCACGUGCCUCCUCGCGCGUUAGUGACCUGCUGCCGGCCAGUGUGCCGGGCCUGGCGCGACCUGGUAGAUGGCCCAAGUAUAUGGCUGCUGCAACUGGCUCGCGACCGCAGCGCGGAGGGCAGAGCCCUCUACGCCUUGGCCCAGCGCUGUCCCGCCGACGCCAACGGCAACCGCCACGAUGAGUUCCCAUUCUGCGCUCUGGCCCGAUUCUGCCUGAGAGCGCCGUUUGGCCGCAACCUCAUCUACAACUCCUGCGGAGAACAGGGCUUCAGAGGUUGGGAAGUGGAGCACGGCGGGAAUGGUUGGGCCGUGGAAAAGAAUUUCACGCUGGUACCAGGGGCUCCUUCCCAGACCUGCUUCGUGACUUCUUUUGAGUGGUGCUCCAAGAGGCAGCUUGUAGACCUGGUGAAGGAAGGAGUAUGGCAGGAGCUGUUGGACAGUGGCCAGAUUGAGAUCUGCGUAGCUGACUGGUGGGGCGCCCGUGAGAACUGCGGCUGCAUCUACCGGCUUCGAGUUCGCCUACUGGAUGAAUAUGAAAACGAAGUGGUCAAGUUCUCUGCCUCACCCAACCCAGUCCUUCAGUGGACUGAGAGGAGCUGCCGACAAGUCUCUCACGUCUUCACUAACUUUGGCAAGGGCAUCCGGUAUGUGUCUUUUGAGCAGUAUGGAAGAGACACGCGUUCCUGGGUGGGACACUACGGUGCCCUUGUAACUCACUCCAGUGUGCGGCUCAGGAUCCGUCUGUCCUAGCCGACCAGUCUGAUUGGGACUUCCGGGACACACUGCCUUCUCAAGGAUGGUGUUAAAAAUAAAGGUGACUUUGCAGUCCCCAGCUGAUGGGUAUCUGGGGGAAAAAGGAGAUCCUGUGUGUCCCUCCUGCUGUGACAAACCAGGGACUACCAGCUUGUUCAUAGCUUCUGUCUCUCAAGCAGGGACUACCAUGAUGUGAUGCAGACAUCUCUAGGUUGCUAUGCCUGGGGACUACUCCAUGAGUGGAGGCCAAGCCAGACCUGAGGGCACACACUUCUGGUCCCCACAUCGAGGUAAACACAGAGGAAGAUCUGGAGUUCAGGGUCAUCCCCGGCUGUAUACUGACU